AUGUUCAGCCCCCCCUCUUACUCUCCAAGUGAGUCAAGUGAUCCCUUGGAGAAGUCCUUGUUGCAAUUCUUCAGCCUACAGUCCAGAUUGCUUGUGCACUGUGGAAACUUCAACCUAAACCAUGAGUCGAUGCCAUGGGCCAGACAUGCAGGCUUUGGGCAGGACUUGUUGCGACGUAUUUUGAAUCACAAAGAAAGGCAGGGCCAGUUUGAAGCCUUGCAAUCAGCAAUGGAUGCAGAGGAAUCUCCAAUGGCGGAAAUGUUUACUCUUUUCCCACAUGAGUCAGCUGCUGUGAUGCAGCGUGGCAUUGAACUUGGUAUCGUGUGCAGUUGCUUCCUUGUGCUUCAUUGCUGCAUAGUGGUUUGGAGAUAUUGGGAAUCAGAGGAUGACGCCGACCUUCUUCUACGUCUUCUGUGCUUAGCUCGAAUUGCCUGUGCAAUCCCGAGGCCCUAUUUUUGGAUUCGCACCAGACGACUAUUUGUUCAGGCUCGAUAUCAACCAACUCCGCAGCUGGUCACUCGCAGACUGCUUGAUGUGUACUGCAACCCUUUUGGCAUUGAGAAGGCACUGCUGCUCUUCUACUACGGAUGGUUAGCAGCGGUAUCCCUGGUGGCCUUUAUCUUCCGAUUGUACCCAGAGGAGUCAGACUUCACUGGAGCCAUUUGGAGACACUGCCUGUUUAACUUCAUCAGCAUUGCUGUUCAUAGGAUACUCUGUGUGUUACUCUUCUACUACCUGAUGAAGUCGGACUUCAAGCGUGGUAUUCCCCAGCAUAUGCUUGAAAAGUACAGCAAGCGAAUUGUGUCCGCCUGCCAAGUUUGUUCGUUUCAGACCACUAGCAAAAAUCAGCUCUCCUGA